UACCACAGUAGGCUGAUUUCGUCUGCUAUUUGCGUGUGCGAAAAUGUUUAGUAUUUCAAUCGGUUAUAGAAGGCACGUGAAUCGUGGUGCUGGAUGUGAAACUCAGUGAAAUUGAAUGUGUGGAGUUAGUGUGUGCUUCACUAUAUCGUAUAAUUAUGGCGAGUUUUGAUAUUUCCGUUUUGUACUCUGAUGUGUAUGGUGUUACGUCUGAAAUUUCAGUUGGUACAGAUGAUUCCGAUGAUUCGGAAGGUAAUUCAGAUAGAGACAGUGAUUCGCUAGGGUCCGAAAAAAAUUUUAAUUUCAAUGGGUGUGGUGCGAUGAUAGGCAGGAAUGUGGCACAUAGUGCCGACGCUACAUUAGUGACAAUGGACACCACAUCCCGUGAGUUUGACAGUCACUGGAGAAGAGAAAUAAUAAGAACUGAAGAAUCUGGAAACGUGAGGAAGUAUAUCAGAAGUCAGUCUCUAUCGACAUUUCAACAAGUGAAGUAUACUGCUGGUGAAAUUCGGUGCAUCAGAGACCGCUUGUUGUUAGCACAUAAGAGCUCGCGUUCUGGUUCCCUGAGAAACUUCACUCGUAUGCAGAAAUUGACACUGACGUCGUUGGCAUUAGUAGACUUCACGAGCUUCUGUUCUAUGUCGAUCAUGGCACCCUUUUUCCCUAAAGAGGCAGCCCAGAAAGGAAUGAGUGACACCAUCUCAGGGCUAGUGUUCAGCUUCUAUGCCUUAGUAAUGUUCAUCUCUUCUCCCGUGUUUGGUAAAAUUUUGCCUCUCACUGGUGCAAAGUUUUUGUUCAUGACCGGAAUGUUUGUAGCAGGCAGUUGCAACUUCCUCUUUGGGUUAUUAGCUCGCAUUGAUUCAUAUACAAUUUUUACGAUGUACUGUUUCCUGGUGCGUGGAAUGGAAGCUCUGGGAGCAAGUGCCUAUGCUACCGCCAGCUAUGUGUUUGUUGUUGAAGUAUUUCCUGACACAAUUGGAACUGUUUUGGGCAUCCUGGAGACAUUUGUUGGGAUGGGGAUGAGCAUAGGGCCAGCAGUUGGUGGACUUUUAUACUCUAUCGGAGGAUUUGAACUGCCUUUUUACUCCCUGGGAAUCCUUAUGGUUGCUACAGUUCCAAUAAACUUUUGCCUGCUUCCUUCAACUGGUGCUGGAUCUAUAAACAAACAUACUGGUUCACUGCUGCACCUGGUGAAACUGCCUUCAGUGAUAGUGAUAAGCCUAGUUAUUGUUGUGGUGUCAAAUACUUGGGGAUUCCUGGACCCUACUCUCGAACCACACUUACGGGAGUUUAACUUGAGUGCUGAGGAAGUGGGUCUGAUCUUCCUGCUUUUUUCUGCACUGUACGGUAUAUUCAGCCCCAUAUGGGGCUGGCUUGCAGAUCGAGUUAACAAUCAUUGGUCUAUGAUGGUGUGGGGUCUCCUUGCUUGUUCACUGGGGCUGCUGCUUCUUGGACCAUCACCUCUACUGCCAUUUCUUAACAAGUCACUUUGGCUUGUGCUGGUUGCUCUAUCUAUUCUUGGAGUUUCAGUGGCACUUACUUUGAUGCCAACAUUCCAAGGAGUCUUAGAGAGUGCCAUAGAAGGAGGCUGCAGUGAUGAGCUGAGUACAUACAGCAUGGUUGCUGGUGUAUGGUCGUGUAUGUAUUCCCUGGGGGAAGUUAUGGGGCCUUCUGUAGGUGGUACUGUUAUGGAGUACUAUGGCUUCCCUAUCUGUUCAACUGUUAUGGCUGGGCUCUCAUUGCUGUUGGCUGUGGUAACCUUAGUCUAUUUUUCGGUGAAGCAUACACAGCAGCACCACACCCGAGAGCAGAGCACUGACAGCGGCAUCAGUGAAAACUACGAGAGUGAAAGCAGCCCCCUGCUGGCAGGGGCUGAGGCUGGAGGCACAGUCUCGGACCAUACCUACACGAGGGAAAGAGCUCAGUUUUAUGGGGAAUCGAGUGAAGGAAAUGAAGCCACAGACUCCUGUCGAACAGUGUCUGUAACAGCAGGAGGUGCUUGUGAAGUAUAGGGUUUGCACUGCAUACUGUAUCAUUUCAGAAAGAGAAAGAGAGAGUGAGCCUGUAGUGCUCAUUUUUUUUUUGUAAAUAUUCUGUUUCUCUUGGGGUUGCAUUGUUUCUUUUUAGCAACUUAUCUUUAAUUUUUCUGUCAUUUGAGUGACAUUGUACAGUAUUUUUUCCACAGUAGUCAGUACAG